AACAUAUCAAACUAUGGCUUGCUCUAUGGUAAAAUGUCUACACUAAAAAAGGACACAUUUUCAAAGAGUUCUGGUAAAGGCAACCUUUGGAGUCGCUUAUCAAUGACAUGCUUUUGUCUGAGUGACAUCUAAACGCUGAUAAUUCAAAUUGACGUUUUUUUACACUAGCUUUUAAAAUUCAUAAGACACAAGAGGGCAAACAAAUCUUAAAAUGAUUUACGAUCGGGGGUAAUGCACAGAGGGGGGUAUGAAACCCGACCCUUUGAGGGAUGGCUGAAUUCCUUACUAACAGGCCCCUUCCCUAGCACCCAAACUAGUAAAGUUGGCAGUCUAACUUUUUGUUCUAUGAGCUCGCCUUAAACCCCCCCCCCUGGUUAUAUUUAGAUUCAGACGCCGUAGCAUUUAAAGGAUUAAUAAUUUUGAAGAUCAACUAAAUAGGCAAGGGUUACCUAUUUGAUUAUAUGCCAAGUUAAGCAUUUAAUGCAAAUUGAUUGAUUUAUAAGAAGCAAAAUAAAGCUCAAUUGGUCUGUUUAGGACUAGUUCCAUGAAUUAGAUAUUGGGCAAGACUUCUGCUCUAGAAAAGUUACAAGAAAACUUAUUGCAGAAGUGCAUAGCCGAAAAACAAGCGUUAUUGCUAAUUUAGCUAGUAAUUUUAUAAAACACACAUCUUUGCUUUCAAAAUUUUAAGACUGAAAUAGUUUAUUGAAUAAUAAGGUUAUACAAUUCUGAUAUUUGAUCUUGAGUUUACCUCACAUUAAUGAAUAUCAAAACUCCAAAAGGUUAUAUAAGAGUGAUAAUUUUACUUUAGAUAGCCAGGAAGAAAGUAAAUGAACAUUUAUCGCUUCUGACUGAAUCUUAAUAAUAGUACGUAGUUCUAGUCACCAUUGUCAAAACACAAGUCUAAUCUUAUGUUGUUUUCAUAUUUAUUGAUUAAAUGCCAAAAUUGCUAAUUUGCUAUGUUUACAUACUAACAUUAUGUUCAUUUAGUUUUUAGAAAACUCCAAAUGAUGUUCUUAAGCUGAGGCCUGAAUGGGAUAAAAUUUAACGAUGCUUGUAUCUAUUAAUUUAGAUUUAUGUUACUCAUACCUUGUCAUUUAAUAGUUGGGAUUUAAGAGCCAUUCUCCACAGCUGCAUAACAGGCAGAGGCCUUGAAAAUAGAUACUUAUUUGUUUUCUCAAAAGUAGAAUGUAACUGUAAAAAAAACUUUAAACAUAUUUUACAUCCUAAGGAAUUCAUCUUGAUAAUGUUAUUAAGCCUCUAGAACUUGAUUAAAUACAAAUUUUGAUUACAGCUGAGAUAUUAUUUCUAUGACAAAACAUAUUAACAGCUUCGGGAUAAAGUUAAUGGCAUCCAAUAUAUUACCUGAUUGGCAUUAUUUGGUCCAACAAAGUGAAUUGAACAAAAUACAAGACUGUGUUGCCUAAAAGUACCUAUAAGAAAAUAAGAUAUCAAAAAACUGUUUAAACAUACCUUCUUGUUUUUUUUUUCGGUUCUAGAUCAUGAUGUUAGCUCUUUGUGACAUUGAAAAGUUUAAUAGGUUCCGCGGAAUACUCUCCGUCUUAGGAGCUUUUGUUAUCCUAAUAACUGCUGGAUCCUUUCAUGGAACUAUUGGAAACUUGGCUCCCUACUUUGCUUCCUAUAUGAGACAGUAUGAUGCUAAUAUAACCAAUGAAGACCUUGGUAUUGUGUUGGCAGCAGGAGGAAUGACUCAAGGAGUUGGUUCUUUUAUAGCUGGCAGUGUGAUCAUACCAUGGCUAGGAUACAGGCUUUCUCUAAUGUGUGGAAUUAUUUGUUUUUGUUCCUCCCCAUUAAUCAGCUAUUUUACAAUUGGACACUCCUUAUCAGCACUAACAUUCUCGUAUGGAGUGAUGUCUGCAGUUGUAUUCAAUCUUAUUGUACUACCAAGUCAACUUAUUCCCGUCUCUUGGUUUCCAAAUAGUAAGGGAAAAGUUAUGGGAGUGACAUCUGCUGGAUUUGGAUUUAGUUCUGCAAUUUUUUCUCCUCUCCAAACUGCAAUAAUUAAUCCAGAUAAUAUAGCACCUGUUGCAAUAAUUGGAUCAAACUCAACUGCUAGAUAUUUUACAGAUCCAAGGGUUCUUGAAAGAAUUCCCAUAUCAUUACUUUAUUUGGCUGCAAUAUAUGCAGCCCUGUUUGGUGUUGGAUUUUUACUUUGCGUUGAGUACACAAAUACAGAGGGUAGGGUUGCAAAAGUAACUUCAAAGGAAAGUAGAUCACAACUUGUAAAAGCAAGAAUUGUUGAAUCUGGUAGCUAUCUUUAUACUACUGGUUUGAGGAAUAGGGACACUUAUAUUUUGGCAUAUUCUAGGUAUGCACUACUUGCUGUUGGUGGAGGCCUGUUGGCUCAUUGGAAGGGAUUUAGCCUAAGACUAAGCUCUGACGACCAAAUAAUAUCUGUCAUUGGAGGUGUAAAUGGUGUUUUAAGCUGUGUUGCAAGAAUUCUAGCAGGAAUAUUGAUUGAUAGGUUUAUGUUUAAUCGUUUAAUGCCUGUGGUCGGAAUUCUUUUAACUGUGGUGUUGGCUAUAACUGUACCAGUAUCCCAAAUGUCCUUUUAUGGGUUUGUGGCUCUUUUAUGGCUUGGAUAUUUUUUGGCUUUUAUACAUUUCUCUACUAUACCUGCUCAAGUUAUGAAACUUUAUGAUGGAAAACAUUGUAGUGCUGUUCUCGGAUUUAUCGGUCUUUCUGAGUCAUUUUCCUAUGGCACUGUUGGUGUUCUUAAUACUCUAGUAUUUUCUUAUACAGAUUCUUAUCUUCCAUAUUAUAUCAGCAUGUCAGUCAUUAGCUUUUCAAGUGUAAUAUCAACAACUAUGGUGCGAAAUGUUCCAAUCAAAAAUUCAUCUUCUUCUCACUCUGAAACAACAACAAUCUGUAGCACAUCUGAAAUAAUCAAGAAAGAAGUGGAACCUAUAGGAUUUGUAAACAAAGAGUUAGGAAUCUUGGAACAAGCAGAAAAGCUAAGAGAAUUAGUACGAGAUCAAGGAACCAUAACUAGAAGACGAAGCAUUGCUUACAUCCAAAAACCAUUGUUUCCUUAUGCGGACAGUAUUAUCUCCACCAACUAGAAUGAUCAAGUUUUGUUUGACAGAUCUCUGGAGUAAACACUUAUUUAGGCUUAAAUCUGUAUUGCAUAUUUGGAACUCAGAAAUAAAAAUUAUUAAGAAA